AUGAGAUGUUAACUCAAAUAUAUAUUCUUCUUUGUGUUAAUUAAUUUGGUUAAUAUUUAUCAUGCUGUUGAACUCAACGAAAUGAGUAUAAAAUGCAGUCAAUUUUUUGGAUUGACAUCAUACAGCGAAAUGUUUCCCAAAGCAAUCGUGUUCUUUGCUCUCCUAACAGUGGCGGUCGCUGAGAGGCCCCGAGUUGGUCUUCAGAUGCCGCCGAUUUUGCCACGUUUUGCUGGCCCGAUCUCGCCACAAGUGGUUGGAGGUGAAGAAGCACCGGCAGGAGAUUACCCGUUCAUAGUUUCCCUUCAAAUGUUCGGCUCUCAUUUCUGCGCUGGAUCCAUCUUAAACAAAAAUUGGGUUAUAACAGCAGGACAUUGUGCUGACGCAGUUCCUUCUUUAAAGUAUCUUGAAGUUAAGGCCGGUAAGCACAAUAUUCGAGAAAACGAAAGCACCGAGCAGAUAGUUCAAGUGGCCCAAGCUUACACACAUGAAAACUAUGGAGGUGGUGUUGGUCCAUAUGACAUUGCUCUGCUUAAGCUUGCGUCUCCAUUAAAAUUGACGAAAGAAAUACAAGCCAUCGAAUUACCACUGCCAGAAAGUGAACCAACUGGAGAGGCAUGGCUUUGUGGAUGGGGCUCCACUUCGACUGACCGUUAUCCAAUAAUGCCAGAUAAACUUCAACAUGUUAAGAUGGAGUACCUCGAUCGCAUUACGUGCCAUGAAUCCGUCGAACGUUUGACAGGAUCUUCUCCCGUUCAUGAAACCAAUAUCUGCACUGGGCCACUGUACGAUCAAAUCUCCGCAUGCAGUGGAGAUUCCGGUGGCCCACUAAUUUCACGUAACGAACAAAAAUCGCUUCUUACUGGAAUUGUAUCUUGGGGUAUUAUUCCAUGCGGUACUAAAGGAGCGCCAUCCGUAUACACCAGAGUAUCCAGUUUCAUUGAGUGGAUUAAGCAGAAAACCAGUAAUUAUUAA